UAACAACAAAAGCAGAACACUCGAGAAAUUUCUAUCAUGCUCCAAAAAUAAUAUUGUAGAAUAUAUUGCUGGUAUAUUCUCGAAAUUUCAAUAGUAACAAGUGCAGUACGCUUGCCUGAGUCGAGUGGGGCUAUAUAAGCGAGGUGACUGCUCAGUCUCGGUACCAGUAUACAAACAAACAUUAAACAAGUAACAAGUGAAGAAGUAAAAAUAAAAAGUAAUACAAUGCCUGCCAUUGGAAUUGACUUGGGUACUACAUACUCCUGUGUGGGUGUGUGGCAACAAGGAAAAGUUGAAAUCAUUGCCAACGAUCAAGGCAACAGAACAACACCAUCAUAUGUUGCAUUUACGGACACCGAACGGAUCAUUGGUGAUGGAGCAAAAAAUCAAGUUGCAAUGAAUCCAUCAAAUACAGUAUUUGAUGCUAAACGACUGAUUGGACGUAAAUUUGACGAUCCAAAGAUUCAAGCUGACAUCAAACACUGGCCAUUCAAGGUAGUGAGUGAAUCUGGAAAGCCAAAAAUACAAGUUGAAUAUCGUGGUGAAAUUAAAAAAUUUAAUCCAGAAGAAAUAAGUUCAAUGGUACUUAUUAAAAUGAAGGAAACAGCUGAAGCAUUUCUAGGUGAGAAGGUGAGAGAUGCUGUUGUAACAGUUCCAGCUUACUUCAAUGAUUCACAGCGACAAGCCACCAAAGACGCUGGUGCCAUUGCUGGAUUAAAUGUUUUAAGGAUAAUCAAUGAACCAACAGCAGCCGCUUUAGCAUAUGGUCUUGAUAAAAAUCUUAAAGGCGAAAAAAAUGUGCUUAUAUUUGAUCUUGGUGGUGGAACAUUUGACGUAUCAAUAUUGUCAAUUGAUGAAGGUUCAUUAUUCGAGGUCAAAUCAACAGCUGGAGAUACACAUUUGGGCGGUGAAGAUUUUGAUUCAAGACUAGUUGAUCAUCUAUGUACUGAAUUUCAAAGAAAAUAUAAAAAAAAUAUAAAGAAUAAUUCAAGAGCUUUAAGAAGAUUAAGAACAGCAGCUGAACGUGCUAAACGUACAUUGUCAUCUAGUACUGAGGCUACUAUUGAAAUUGAUGCCCUCAUGGAUGGUAUUGAUUAUUACACCAAAGUAUCCAGAGCACGAUUUGAAGAACUUUGUGCUGAUCUUUUUAGAGCAACACUUCAACCAGUUGAAAAAGCUUUAGCUGAUGCUAAAAUGGACAAGAAAUCAAUCCAUGAUGUUGUUCUCGUUGGUGGUUCGACUAGAAUUCCAAAAAUUCAGUCAAUGUUACAGAACUUUUUCUGUGGCAAACAACUUAAUCUUUCAAUAAACCCCGACGAGGCAGUAGCAUACGGAGCAGCUGUACAAGCAGCUAUUCUAACGGGUGAAGGUGGUAAAUCAUCAACACUUCAAGAUGUACUUCUUGUGGAUGUCGCACCAUUGUCAUUGGGUAUUGAAACUGCUGGAGGAAUGAUGACAAAUAUCAUUGAAAGAAAUGCAAGAAUUCCAUGUAAACAAUCACAAACAUUUACUACCUAUGCUGAUAAUCAACCUGGUGUUGGAAUUCAAGUUUAUGAAGGUGAACGAGCAAUGACCAAGGACAAUAACUUACUUGGUAAAUUUGAAUUAAGUGGCAUAGCACCAGCCCCACGUGGAGUACCUAAAAUUGAUGUCACAUUUGAUCUUGACGCAAAUGGUAUACUUCAUGUAACAGCCAAGGAUACAGCAAGUGGUCGUUCAAAUGAUGUCAAAAUAACCAAUGACAAGGGACGUUUGUCUCGUGAAGAAAUUGAUCGCAUGUUGUCUGAAGCUGAAAAAUACAAAGAUCAAGAUAAUCAGCAAAAGGAAAAAGUAUCAGCUCGUAAUCAAUUGGAAACUUAUAUUUUCUCAGUUAAACAGGCUAUUCAAGACUGUGGCUCAAAACUCAAUCAAGAUGACAAAGAUCAAGUCACUAAAAUUUGUGAUGAUACUAUUCAGUGGCUAGACAACAACCAGCUUGCUGAAAAAGAAGAAUACACCGACAAAUUACAAGAAGUACAAAAAAUAUGUUCAUCUAUCAUGACGAAGAUUCAUCAAGGUGGUGGCAAUCCUCAACAAGAUUGUGGACAACAAUUUCGUCAAUCUGGAGAGAACAACUACUCUGGACCAACUGUUGAAGAAGUAGAUUAAAUAUUCAAUUAAAAAACAACAA